AAAUACAUGCUGUUUUCCUUGCAGUGCUGCUGAUGAUGCAGAAUUGAGUAAGAUUAAAGAGAUCCAACAAGCAGUUAAGAACCUGUCUACUGAGCUGCAACAUAUGAACGGUGCAAAUUUGUCUGCCUCAGAACCGACUACUGGACCAUCUGUGAAUGAGAAAAUACUUCAGCAGAACACAGAGCUGACCAGUUUUGUCGCAAGACUCAGUCAGGAAAAAGCCGAGCUGAGAAAUGCCCUGGCUGAUCUGGAGGAGCAAGUCUGGAUGUACAGACAGAAGGACAUCACAGCUGAGCAGACAUCUGUACCACAGAAGGCCAUGCCGGCUGCAGGCCCUGGCUGGCAGCAGGAGAAGGCAGAGUUACUGUUGUCCCUGCAGCAGGCUCAGCAGGAAGUGGCUCGCCUCAGGUCUGAAGGCAGACAGCUGGUACAGGACAUACAGGCUGAACCUCAACAGGCAGACCCUGCAGCUGAUCAUGUCAAG